AUGCGGCUACAGCUUAGAGCCGAAACCAACGUCAAAUCGAUCUUUGGCGAGUGUACAGUAGCUUGUGCCUGGCCUGGAGCAGGCCAUCGUCGGGAACCGCGAAGUUGCACCUACCCGAAAGCAUUACUCACUUUUGUCAAGCAGAGCCAAAGAGGCUGGCCACACUUGUACAUUGCAUUCGGCGCUCUGCUACCAAGCCCCUGCAAGCGGUUGCCGCGCCACGUCGAACCCGCCCAGGAAUUGGCAACACCUGACGCCCUUUUUCACCACGCGAGUCGACUGAACGGCGACGCAGCUCCUUUAUCUGGGAAUUGGUACUAA